AAUUUCCUUAAAUCGACAAAACGGCCGUGGAAACAUAUGAUUGUAUUGCGAUUUGCGAUAGUAUUGCGUAUUGCCUCUCUUAUUGGAAACUGUGUAAUGUUGUGGUAAUAUUCUAUAAGCCGGUUCUCAGAGACUGAUAAAAGAAAUCAACUCGUCUAAUAUAGACAUGACAUCAUCAAAUUGUUUGUAGUUAUCGUAUCAAAAUAUUUUUGUUUAUUUGAAUUCUAUCUAUUUAGAAUCUUGAAAUUUAAGUUUUGUUUUCCGUAUCCUAUAAAGAAUAACAACAAUUUAAGUUGAAGUGGGUGCUGGAUGUAAGUAAACAAAAUAAACAAAAAUAACCAUGAGUGUUAGCAAGGAAUCCGUUGAUGAGAAAAAACAAUACACAACAGAAUCCAGUAUUGUCAGUAUUAUUUGGAGUGCUUUAAAAAAGGCUUCUAUAAUAGGCAUCGUGUAUUUGGCUGGGUAUAUGCAAUGGUCAGUUGCGUGGUUUAUCGGUCCUUUGGUUCUAUCCGUCAUCAGGGACCAAUGGAAGAAGACAAGUGUGAGUCGAAGGAAUACGGCCAAAGCUCAAGCACUCUCCAGUGAAAAAGAUGUAAUUUUGGCCAGAUUGAAUGAUCUUCCAGCUUGGGUGUUUUUCCCUGAUAUCGAACGAGCAGAAUGGCUGAAUAGAAUAAUCAAACAAGUGUGGCCAAAUGUAAAUCAAUACGCCAGACAGUUGGUUAGAGAUUCCAUACAACCAGCACUAAAGGAGAGCUUAGAAAAAUAUAAAUUGUCUGGAUUUAAAUUUGAAAGAAUUAUUUUGGGAUCUGUGCCAUUUCGAAUUGGCGGUGUAAAAGUUUACGACAAAAACAUUGAUAGAAACGAAAUAGUGAUGGAUCUUGAUAUUUUUUAUGCUGGGGAUUGUGAUAUUACGUUCUAUUUAUCGGGCAUGAAAGGCGGAAUAAGAGAUUUUCAGUUGCAUGGUAUGCUCAGGGUCGUCAUGAAACCUCUCAUUACAUCAAUACCACUGGUUGGUGGAUUGCAAGUAUUCUUUUUGAAUAAUCCAGACAUAGAUUUCGAUUUAAUCGGUAUUGCCGAUGUACUGGACAUGCCUGGUUUAAGUGAUAUUUUGAGGAGGAUAGUAGUAGAAACAGUGGCUAAUAUGAUGGUUCUUCCAAAUAAGUUCCCUAUUCAGUUAAGUCAAGAAGUAGAGGCCAUUGAAUUGAAAGCUCCAGAGCCUGAAGGAGUUUUAAGAGUACACGUUGUCGAAGCAAAACAUUUAAUGAAGAAAGACAUCGGAAUGUUGGGUAAAGGCAAGUCGGAUCCCUAUGCUAUUAUCACUGUUGGAGCUCAAACAUUUAAAACCAAAGUUAUAGAUAACACUGUCGAUCCAAAAUGGGACUAUUGGUGCGAGGCUACUGUGAGCUCAAGCGAGGCUCAGUAUUUGGUUUGCAAGUUAUAUGAUUGGGAUCCCAAAAUAUCAGGCCAAACAGCACACGAUUUUCUAGGAAGGGCCACAGUGGAAAUAUCGAAUAUUGUUGCCAAAGGGUUUGAAAAUAGUUGGAUAACGUUGGAACAAGCCAAGCAUGGGAUGGUACACCUCAGGUUUACUUGGUUAACUUUGAGCAAAGAUUACAACGAUUUCCAAUCUAUUUUAACUGAGACACAAUUGCUACAAGUUUCAACGUUAAGUACUGCCAUUUUGACUGUGUUUAUUGAUUCGGCCAAAAAUUUACCUCAAGCCAGAUCUUCUACAAAACCAGACCCAUAUGCUGUAUUGCGCGUCGGAGGCAAAACUGAAAAAACCGAUACCGUUAUGAGAUCGAUACACCCUGUGUGGGAGAAAGGAUUUACCUUUUUAGUUGGGAACCCCGAAAACGACAGCUUGUAUUUAACUGUCACCGACCAAAAAACAAAUUCAGAUAUAGGACAACUCACUUAUAAAAUUAAACAGCUUUCAACUAGGCCCAACUUGGAGUUAAGCAAGGAACCUUUCACUUUAUUAAAAUCUGGUCCAGAAACUAGAAUUGUUCUGUCAAUGCAUUUGAGGAUAUUAAAAAGAACUGCCGAAGAAAUAAGUGAAAUGCAAGGAGAUCAACCACCACUGCAAAGAACAAGUUCUACAAUAUCUAGUGCUUCUAUAGAUUCGAAACAGUCUUUUAAAGGAUCUGAGGAACCAAAGUCUCUACCUAAAGAUGUUAGUGAAGAACCAACAGAAGAACUUAUUGAAAGCAGUAAUUAUUCAUCUUUGAACAGUUAUUCGGAAACUGCUCCCGGUGAGCAGCUCCUUCAUAGGUCUGUAAGCGACACCUCGUAUGCAGGCGAUGCCGGAUUAGGUAGGAUUCAACUCACAUUGAGAUACAGUAUUCAGAGGCAAAGACUUAUUGUGGUUGUGCAUAAAAUUUCAAAUAUUCCGCUGAAAGAUCCAUCCAGUAUUCCAGAUCCAUAUGUCAAAUUGUAUCUUUUACCGGAAAGAGCUAAGGACAGUAAAAGGAAAACUCAGGUGGUAAAAGACAAUUGUAAUCCAGUCUUUGAUGAAAGUUUUGAAUAUAUUAUUAAUCAGGCUGAAGUGUCGAAUAAGAAAUUGGAGAUUACUGUAGGAACGCAAAAGCAAGUUUUUUACUCUAGCAGUAACGUUUUAGGCCAGGUUAUUAUUGAUUUAGGCAAGUUUAAUAUAACUCAACCCUACCACUCUUGGUUUGAUUUAUUACCUGAAGGAUCUGCAGAAUAACAACUUAGAUGUUAUCAAUAUUUAUAUCUUAUAGUUCUUAAUAUUUUAUUAAACUUGUUUGUCAAUGUUACUCUCUCUAACCCUUUACAUAGAAAAAAACUUUUUUUAUAUAUUUUUUAUUCGUAUAUGCAGUGCCUUUUAGCUAACAUUUUUUAUUUGUUAUACAUGUAGGUAUUUUUAUGAAGAAAUAUUUAUAUUGCAUGAUUGUUAUAUAUAGAAAGUUGUUUUGAGUAAGUAUUUUAAUAAAGUUAUAUAAAUUUA